AUGGAUAACAUGAAUGUUGAACAAAAAAAUAUUAUAAGAAAAAUUGAGGAUAUCAUAGAUAUACAAAAAGCUAACGGCAAUUUUAAUGUUCGGCAAGUGGCUUUUAAAUUACCUUCAGAAACCGAUAGCACUAUUUCUGCUAACCUAGUUAAGAGCUUGGAAACAGGUCUGUCUAAAGUUAAAAUAGACCAAAAUCAUAAAAAAAUUAAAAAGCUACGUACAAAGAGACAUAAAUCUUUUACGCCAGACGUAAUAUCAUGGCCGAGCGAUUCUGACAUCACAGUUUUAAGAAUGAAAAUACGAUCGAGUACAGAUAUAAAUGAUAAAUUAGGCAAUGUCGUUCUGGGAGACGGACUACAUCAAAGGAACACUUCAUCAAUGAUUAAUUUAGCAACUCUCAUAUUACACUCUCAAUCUCCUUCGAAACACAGUAUCAACAUGGAAGAAUAUUUAAUGCCUCUGUCCUCGUGGGAGCACGCAGACCAGGAUAGAAAAAAAACUGAAACCGUUGAUGAAACUUCACUUACCUCAACUAACAGCGCCUGUCAUAUUUUUCGUCCUAGAUGCAGUUACAAAGGCGAAUUCUCAUAUAGAGACAGCGACGCUUACGAGGAAACUAACACAAAAUCGAAGGUAGCACGAUUUCUGCGGCUUUACUUCUGCCCCUGUUGUACUUGUCUUUAUAAUUUAGAAAAAAUGCAAGACAAGUCAUCGGGAUACUUUGCAAAAUCAUGA